AUGACCGCCAGCAUCACUAGCGACGUAAACUAUCUCGAGAUGGCACUCCCUCACGCCGCCGACAUUGAUAUGCGUGGCCGCAAGAGGCACCGCAGCCCUACCCGUCCCGAGAUUCGAGCCCUGCGAACUGAGGAAUCCAGCACUCUUCGCGGCCGCUCUCGCCACAGGUCCAUCUCGCCUCAUCGCUCCCAGACUCGCUCGCGUGCCCGAUCCCGCGCUCGCUCGCCCGCCCCUCGCACCUCCAAUGCUCUUCGUCUUGCCUACCAUGCCAGACAGCGAGAGGCCCGCCGCGACCACUGCCCCUCGCGUGCCACUUCGCCUCACCCGACAGAGCCGCCGUACCGCCGACAGCAGAGAACGAAGAGUCGAAACCGGCCGGCUCUCGUCGAGCUCCAGCAAAUGACCAAGACCACAACGUCUGAAUGA